AAGUGAAGUCCCACCUUUUCCGGCUAUGACGCAUGUACGCGGAAGUGCCGCCAAAAAACAUCAUCGUCACUGUUUUCAAAAUGCAGAGGAAUAAGCGUUAGGCAGACGAGAGGUUUUGAUGUCGGGUGAUUGUUCCUCUUCAGAGUGAAAGGGCAAGUAGCUGCGUUUACCGCUGGUGAUCUGGUCCGACUAGAAAAGGCGCAGAUAACGUGACUUAUAGCUACGGCAUCCUGCAGGCUUAUCAACCCUGUUAUCAACUAACUUUUAGAACUGAGUGGAGGUCGUUCUAAAUUGGACAAUAUCGCCCAAAAACAAAGAGCUGUUUUCCCCUCAGGGGUCCAUUAUUCAGGAUGGAGAAUGGGGUUGAAUCCACCAAAGCAGAGGGUGUCCUCUCCAGAAUGGCCCUCAAUGACAACAAGGCUGGUAUGGAGGGUCUUGACAGGGACAAGAUCAACAAGAUCAUCAUGGAGUCAUCCAAGGGAUCCAGGUUUUACGAGAAUGAGCUCAAGAGAGAUCAGCAGGUGAACCAGCGCAUUGAAAAAAUGAUGCUUCAAAAGGCACAGAUCACAGAACAGCAAUUACGGAAAGCUCAAGCUCAGGUUGACAAGAUGGCCACCGAGCUGGAGGGUAGUCGUGAUCUGAGGCGAGUGAUUGUACAUGUGGACAUGGAUGCUUUCUACGCUGCUGUGGAGAUGAGAGACUGUCCUGAGCUGAGGGACAAACCCAUGGCUGUAGGAUCCAUGAGCAUGCUGUCAACAUCUAACUACCAUGCCCGGAAGUACGGGGUCCGAGCAGCCAUGCCUGGCUUCAUCGCAAAGAAACUCUGCCCCAACUUAGUUAUUGUUCCAACCAACUUUGAUAAAUACAGAGCUGUGAGUGAUGAGAUCCGAGAGAUUUUUGCAGACUAUGACCCGCAUUUCCAGCCUGUGAGCCUUGAUGAAGCCUAUCUGGAUUUUACAGACCACCUGGAACAGAGGCAGAGCUGGCCCGACUCCUCUCGUACUCAUCGCUACCGUGCCAGCAGCGCCGCUACAGGUGAAGAGCAGAUCGCACUUCCCCAGCAGGCAGUGCCGGAGGUGAAUGACCUCUCUCCGGUCCUGUUUGAGGACAGCCCGAGCUCCUCUCUCUGCUUGCCGGGCUCUGAAGGAAUCGAUGCUGCUGGUGGUGCAUUCGAGGUAUUUGGGAAGUCUGUUGAGGAGGCUGUGAGAGAGAUGCGUUUUCGCAUUGAGCAGAAGACCAUGCUGACUGCCAGUGCAGGAAUUGCUCCAAACACGAUGCUUGCCAAGGUGUGCAGUGACAAGAACAAGCCCAACGGCCAGUACAGACUCCUCCCCACCAGGGAGGCGGUCAUGGAGUUCAUCCAGAAUCUGCCAGUUCGCAAAGUUCCUGGCAUAGGGAAAGUAAGUGAGAAGAUGCUCAAUGCUCUGGACAUCAGUAACUGUUCCCAUCUUGGGCAGCAGAUGGCGCUGCUGUCAUUGUUGUUCUCCGAGACAGCCUGGCAUCAUUUCAUGCAGGUUUCCCUGGGACUGAGCUCUACAUUUAUACCGAGACACGAAGAAAGAAAAAGCAUGAGCACAGAAAGGACAUUUAAAGAACUGAGUAAAGCCGAGGAGCAGUUGUCUUUAUGCCGGGAGCUCUGUGAGGACUUAGCAGAAGACAUGAAGAAAGAAGGUCUGAAGGCUAAAACAGUAACACUGAAGCUGAAGAAUGUGAACUUUGAGGUGAAAACCAGGGCACUGACGCUGCCGUAUGCUGUUGCUACAGCAGAUGAGAUCUUCGCUGUUGCCAAGGACCUGCUGAAAACAGAAAGAGACAAUGAAAGCCUUCAGCCGCUCAGAUUGAGACUCAUGGGUGUUAGAGUCUCUGCCUUUGUCAGUACGGAAGACAAGAAGCCCCUGCAGAAGAGCAUCAUUGGCUUUCUUCAGCCAGGCAAGACGCACUCUGGUGGCUCUUCCCAAGAAACGCAUCGAAAGCUUGAGAAAGACAUUCUCUCCAGUCACUCCUUACAGAGCUGGCUUCUUGCUUCUGUUCCUCUGGCGCAGAAGUGCCACAGACAAGAGGAGGUUCCUGGGUGGAAAAAGCAGAGGGGGUUAGAGGGGAGCCAGACUGGUCAGGAACCCCAGCAGUCUUUCUUUCAAAGGGCUUAUGCCAAAAGACUGCAGCUUCAGGCAGCAAAUGCAAGCAUACAAGAGGAAGGACAGGGGGAAAAUGCUUCUGUGAUUACUUCACCAGAUACCUAUUCUCAAAAGGGUGUGGAGUCAUUGGAAAAAUCUCACUCACUCAAGAGUAACUGUGCAGCCUCAGGUGUUUCAGGAAAUGAUUUUGUUGCCCCUGAAGAAGCCAGUGCAUCCACAUCAGGCUAUGGUGACACAGUGUCAGAGAGUCUCACCUGUCCAGUGUGUUUCAGGGAGGUAGAGACGACUGAUUUAAACGUCUUCAACAGACAUAUAGACCAGUGUCUCAGCGAUGCCUCUGGAAAGCCAAACCAAAGCACAAUUUCUGACACAGAGUCAGAUUUGGACCUAGAGAAUGACCAUAAAGAAUGUGAAGGGAUGGACAAAUGGAGGGGAAAGUGUGAGGAUGAAGAUGGGAAAGCAAAAAGGAGUGAAGAGAUGGAGUCAAACAGAGUUCAUCCCCAGGAAGACCAACAGAGCACAGUUUUGGUGAUCAAUGGUGACAACAAAACCAUGACCUCCCAACAGCCUCAGUGCUCUAAUGAUAAAGGCCCAGCCCUCAUCUGCCCAGUAUGUCAGCUGACCCAGGACAAUGAUGACCUCAUUAUCUUUAACCACCACGUUGACCUCUGCCUGAACCGGGAGGUCCUGCAUAAGCUGGGGGGACAGACAUCAUCUUCUGUAAAUCUGCCUUUAGUUACAAACAACAAGGCCUUCGACAGUAGUCGCCUCAUGCCAACGCAGGCACACAAAGGCAAGAGCAAAAGACGAGAUUCGCCUUCCUCUCCUCCUUCUAAAAAGGCUAAAGGACCUCGCUACACCAUUGACAAAUUCUUCAGGUGACAGUCAGACACGCAGAAGAACGUUUUCAUCAGGACUUCUUCUCUUGCCUUUGUUGCUGUAGGAAGGCUUCAGUCUCGCUUUGCGCCUUGAGACUCAUAUGUCACAACAUGAGCACAAAACCAUAAAAAAUAUGUGCAAUUAAGAUACUGAUAUAAAAAGCUAAGUGUGUUCACUGUUGUGCCUUAUUUGUUUUUUGUUUUUUUUUUAAAUAAGGCAUAAACUUGAUAAGAAAUUUAAGAUGACUGGCACAAAUUGUUUUAAUUCUGGAAAAUUAAUGGAAAUAUUUAUGACCCUGUUGUCUGUCAGUGUCUGUUAAAGUUAGUGUUUCCUGUCACUCACGAAUAGCCUAAUGUUUUUAUUGUAAUCUGUGCUAAAUGGCUCAUAAGGGUAUUUAAUACAUGCUAAGGUGUCAGUUUAAUUUAUCUCAGAGAAGUCAUUUUGUUCAGAUAUUUUCAGAAAAUUCCACUUUUAUUUAUUGUGUUUUUCAAUAAUACUGUAAAAUGUUUAAUGAUGAAGAUAAGAGAAUUUUUCUAUCAUGUAAAGCAAAGUUGAAAUAAAUUACUAUUCUGCUGAAA